AUGUCACAACUAUUCGCCAACUACGAGUCUGACUUCAAGGUGUCGUACACCGAAGCUCAGCAACGCUUGUCGCAGAUUUCUGGCUUGGUGGACAAUUCCCAGCGGCUCAGUGGGAUGAAGGCUGUUGAGGCUAACAUUGACGAGUGCUUUGAGGUUGUGGAACAGAUGGGUAUCGAGGUCCAGAACAUCUCCACGGCCCAGAGGUCUUCAUACAACGCCAAGAUACGGACAUAUCAGGCGGAUUUGAACAGACUUCGUAAGGAGCUGAAGUCGCUCAUGGAUGACGAGGACCGCCGGAAUUUGUUCGGUGAUUACCCUGAGCAAUCCGGUGCAACUGAUGCUGCGUAUUCGCAGAGACAGCAAUUGCUGAAGUCCAAUGCUUCGCUGGACAGGUCUACUCAGAGACUUCAGGAGUCCACGAGGACGGCACUGGAGACUGAGGAUGUCGGUGCUGGAAUUUUGAACUCGCUAAGAGGUCAGAGAGAGCAGUUGAUAAAUGCCAGAGACACGUUGAUGGAGGCUGAUUCGUAUGUUGACAGGAGUAUCAGCACGUUGAAGUCAAUGACGAGGCGGAUGGUUGCCAAUAAGUUCAUUUCGUAUGCCAUCAUUGCUGUGCUUGUGAUACUGAUAUUACUGGUGAUGAUUAACAAAAUCAGGUAA